AUGUCCCUCUCCACUCUCCCAGCAACCUACUUCCAAGCCGUCGAUACCAGAAACAUCGACCUUGUCAUCUCCCUCUUCGCCCCUGACGCAACCUUCACCGUGGUAACAGCCAACAUGACUUUCACCGGCACCAACGAGAUCCGGCGCAUGUUUACCGAUUUCAUAGCCAACUCAAAAACCCUCUCGCACACAAUCACGAGUCUCGUUGUGGACGAGAAAGCUGGCAAGGUUGCGACGGAGCAGGAUUAUGUGGGCGAGUCCGUGGAUGGGACGAGGUCUGCGUUGCAUAAUUGUAAUUUCUUCGAUGUGGUGGAUGGAAGGUUUACGCGGGUGGUUGUUUGGAUGUCGGGGGCGAGUCCGUUGAAGUAG